CCGUCGUUCAAUCUGUCAAAGCUACGAUUUUCCUGCUCUCUCUUUUCCGGCCUUUACGAUUGUUGUGUGAACGCAUUUUUGUUGAGGGCCUAGCUAGCAGAACCCUAUCAAAAUGGUGAAGGGUAAUCAUAUGAUAUCGAAUGGUCACUUCCAUAAAUACUGGCAGCGACAUAUUCGAACCUGGUUUAACCAACCAGCUCGCAAGUAUCGCCGUAGGCAAAAUCGUAUCAAGAAAGCGAAGGCUGUAUUCCCACGUCCAGCUGCCGGACCACUUCGCCCGGUAGUACGUUGCCCGUCUCAACGUUACAACACCAAGAUUCGGGCUGGCCGUGGUUUCACUCUCGCUGAACUUAAGGGCGCUGGACUGACCAAAGGCUUUGCACAAACCGUCGGUAUUGCGGUUGAUCCCCGUCGCCAGAACAAGUCUGUCGAAAGUCGCCAGCAGAACAUCCAGCGGUUGAAGGAAUACCGCAGCAAGCUUAUUUUGUUCCCGAUCCACCCGAAGAAGAAACUGCGCAAGGGUGAAGCCACCGAGGAGGAGCGCAAAUUGGCCACCCAGCUGAAGGGACCAGUGCUGCCAAUCAGGAACGCCAAGCCCAAGGUGGAAUUCCGGGCUAUUACCGAGAAGGAGAAGAAAUUCUCGGCAUUCCACGCCGUACGUCAGGCCCGUCUGCAUGCGCGUCACUUCGGUGCCCGUGCCAAGAAGGCGAAGGAGAAUGCCGAGAACGAAGCCAAUCCGGCCGCAGCCAGCGAGAAGAAGGCCAAGAAGUAGAAUCAAUCGGGCUGUAUAAAAUAUUUUAUUAUUUCCUCUUUUCACGAAAAACAAGCAUAUGGAGAAGUAUAAACGUGUUUGGGAUAAGUUAUUCCAAUUGCUUAAUAAAAA